AUGGAAGACGAUACAAGCGCCCGCUUCGGUCGGCUGGAGGAGGCGGUCUCAUCCCCGCUGGAAGCACUAGAAGGGGCGGUGAGCAGACGACCUGCCGAUCGACCAAAGCCAGCGCUCGGCACUCCUCCUGACCGUCGUUACUACCGACCGCAGGUCACGCAUCCAUUGGCGUAUCCAUCAACCCUAGUGACUCCUCCUGGUGUCCAGGAGCCGUGGCCUUAG